CUGAGUCGCUGUGGAACCGGCCGCGGCGUUCGGGAAGGAGGCGCGUGGCCUGAGGGGGCGUGGCCGCGCCGGGGGGGGGGAGGGCAGUCACGUGGGAAGAUGGACCCGGUGCUGUACGUGUUGGCCGCGGCGCUGCUGGCCGCCCUCAUCGUCUUUGCCACCCGGUUCCGGGGCCAGGCGCAGGCAGCUGACGAGGAACACCAGCGAAAUGUGGCCGCCGUGGUGGCCAGACCUCGGCCUCACACCGAUGAGCGGGGAGAAGGGAUGCCCAGACGCCGAAGGAACAUGGGCAGCAGGAUGCUGGCCCAGAGGAGAGCACAACAGGCAGAAGAUGGGAUGGAAGAGGAAGAUGAUGGAGAUGAGGCUGCAGAAUUUCAGUCUUCUGGGAAAAUCGGAGCAAAGAAACAGAGGAAAUUAGAAGAGAAACAAGCCAGAAAAGCCCAGAGAGAGGCUGAAGAAGUAGAGCGUGAGGAACGGAAAAAACUCGAGUCAAAGAGAGAGGAGGAAAGGCGGAAAGAAGAGGAGAGAUUACGCCUUGAAGAAGAAAGACAGGAAGAGGAACAAAAGAAAGCAAAAGAAGAAAAGGAGCAGAGGGAGCAUGAAGAGUACCUCAAGCUGAAGGAGUGUUUUGUAGUUGAAGAGGAGGGUGUCGAAGAAGCAAUGACCGAGGAAGAGUCCCAUAGCUUUCUAACGGAAUUUAUCAACUACAUUAAGAAUGCAAAGGUGGUUCUUCUGGAAGACCUGGCUUCCCAUUUGGGGUUAAGAACCCAGGAUGCAAUUAAUAGAGUACAAGACCUGAUGGCAGAUGGCACUCUAACAGGUGUGAUUGAUGACCGAGGAAAGUUCAUCUAUAUCACUCCAGAGGAGAUGACCGCAGUGGCUCAGUUUAUCAAACAGAGAGGACGAGUCUCCAUUUCAGAACUGGCCGAAGCAAGCAAUUCCCUCAUCAACCUCCAACCUGAGAGCAGAGCUGUCACUCAGAGCACGGCGUGAUAAUGCAUUUCACGGUGUGGGAAAAUACUGCAGUAGAGUAAAUUAAUAACACGCAGGUCAUUAAAAAAAAUCCCUGUCUAUUCAUAACCGUGAAAAAGAGAUGUGGUGAUUACUUCUAAACAUGAACUGCAAGACAUUAUCCAAUGUUUUGCUUCUCAAUUGAUUAGAGUAAAUAAUCAGAAUAAAAAUGGAGCCACAUCUUCCUUUCGCGCCCCUCUCCCCUUUCUCCCCCCCAAGGACACUAAAAAAGAAUCCAGGGCUAAACUACACUCUCUGGUGCAUCUAUGGCUCCGUGAUUUCAGUGACUGCCCUGUGGACGCAUUAGAGGGUGGAAUUUAGCCCCAAGUGUACGUAAAAGCACAGCCAAACUUUUGAGUUUGCUCUGAAAGCUCAGAGCCCUGUGAGCUGGACAAGUAUGCUGGGUAAUUGUAUGCGCCCUACCAAUCAGACCAUUUUGCUUCCGAAUCCCGCGUCCGUGUCACAUACAGUUGCUUUUGAAACUGCAGUUGGCAUUACCCAGGCUAGCUAUGCAACUGUACCGUGUUAUACUCCUAGUUUUAAGGUUUUCUUCUGGGCGUGCUGGAUACGGGCUGAAACAAUAGAUCUAUGCAGAUGACAUUUGCGAAUUUUACUGUAUUAUCUACAAUUGAUGUAGAAGAUAAAAAGAAAACUAUAUUAGAAGUU